GCAGAAAAGCCCGAAAUCUCUCCCGUCAAUACCCAAGAAGACUCCUCUCUAGUCAAAACCAUGAUCAGACAAGAUUUCUCCAAGCCUAUGCAACCUGUCUCAGGGCCUAGGGUAGGCGUCUUCUGGGACCUCAAUGAUUACCCAAUUCCUCUUGGGUCUAAUCCUAAUCGGAUCUAUCAGAGAAUCGAAUUGGCUCUUGAGCAAAAAGGUUAUUAUGGUUUGAUGUCAAUAUGGGCUUAUUAUCCUGAGGAGGAACCUAUCCCAGACGUCGAGCGGGAUCUUUAUCAGAAAGCCGGAAUCUAUUUCGUUCCCAAAGUUCCAGCGGAUAAAACUGCGAGAGCUCAUAGGAUGAUACAUGACAUGUUUUUGUGGGCAAUGGACACUGAAGUGCACUAUAUUCCAGCACCAAGUGUAAUCGUCAUCUCAAAUGACAUUCCAGGAAAGGUCAACUUCACCUAUUGUCUUUCCUGUUUGCAUGGUGGUAGAUUCUUGAAUGCUAUCUUAGUAGAGCCUAAAAAGCUCGUAUUAGAUCCCCAAAAAGUAACAGCAACUUGGCCAGAAUGCGUAUUAGAUGUUGGUGAGACUUUUGGCGAAUAUUUUUGGCCAACUCCCAGUUCCACUUAGCAGAAGCGGAUGAAGAAUAGUGAGGAAUCACCCAAAACAGAAGAGGGGAGCUGCACUGAUUAUGAUAUAUUGAGAUAAGCAUAUAUCAGACUAAGUUGUUAUUUAUUCUGUUUUCAACUAUUUAGUCCGAUGUUAUGUUUUACACAACACCGAAGUGGGAGCUGAUCUUCCUUUUUCUUUUCUUUCUUUUGGCUUUGUAUCCUAAGUAAUUUAGUGGAUGAAUAGAAAUCUAUAUUUUUAAUGCUUUAUGAUUUAAUUUGUUCUA